CUUCACAAGCACAGUACUGUCAGAGUUGUUCACACGGGUUAAGGCUACAUAAAAAAGCGGUUUGAAUCUGAAGUACAAAUAAUUGUCUGCUGUACCAUCUAACAAGUGGAUAACAUACAUCUGGUUUCUAACUCUUGGAUUUGCACGCCUAUUGAUUUUUUAACGGAAGGUUGUGUUGGUUCAUAUCCUUGGAAAUAUUUUUUUAAACAGAUUAAAAAAUGCAAAACGUUGCUGGACGUCUGUAAAAGUUUCGAUUGAAACUUCUAUUAUGAGAAGGUGAAACUUCAAGUAUGGUCUUUCUGUGAAUUAUGGAUUGAACCCAUAUUAUAAGCAUUUUAUAAAGAAGACUGUUACACUAUAAGGUGACAUUUAGUCAUUUUGAUCUGGUUCAUGUCAUACGACAGAUAUCGACUACAACCUUUAUAAUAUUUUCAGGUGUUGCUUCGAGGAUAGUGGGGCAGGAUAUGGAGUUACUGUUUCCAUAGCCUUAGUUUUAUUCUACAGAUUCGUCAGAUUUUUUUUCUUCAGAAACACGCUUUAUUGUACAAGAUUUUAAACUUCGACAUUCACCUUUGGAAUACAAUCAUGAACUUUAUUCUGAAUUUACUACAUUUUGUUUUGGCUGCCCUUCUAUAUAUUUCAACUGUAAAGACUGCUCACAUAUCUGGAGAUGGAGAGAGGAAACCUAAUGGAGUUAUUACGUUUUUGGAAGUCUAUGAGAGAAGCUAUUGUCGGACAUUAGAGACAUUAGUAGACAUCUUCCAGGAGUAUCCUGAUGAAGUAGAGUACAUUUUCAAGCCUUCAUGCGUACCACUCAUGAGAUGCGCGGGCUGCUGUAGUGAUGAAAGUUUAGAGUGUGUGCCGAAGGAAACGCACAAUGUAACUAUGGAGAUAAUGAAAAUCAAACCGCAUCUUAGUCAACAUAUAGGAAUAAUGAGUUUCACAGAACAUAGUACAUGUGAAUGCAGACCAAAGAAAGAUGUCAAAGAAAAAAAAGAAAAAAAACCCAGGAAAGGCAAGGGCAAAGGUCUUAAGAGAAAAAUAAAGAAAAACAGAGACAAAAAGCCCAACUCCCACUGUGAGCCUUGCUCAGAGAGAAGAAAACACUUGUUUGUACAGGAUCCACACACCUGUAAAUGUUCCUGCAAAUUCACACAUUUGCGUUGCAAGUCCAGGCAGCUUGAGUUAAACGAAAGAACUUGCAGGUGUGAAAAGCCAAGAUGAGAGGAAGUUAAAAUGGACAUGACAUGAAGGAUACACAUAGCACAGCACUUUGAAUUCUGAUCUUUUUUUUUUCUCCGGAAAAGCAUUCCCUGGAAAGAUUGUUGAAAAAAAAUCAUCCUGUUAUAUAUUUUCUAAAUAUUAAUAUAUAAUGAAAAUAAUGAAUUGUUUUGCUGCUAAAAAAGUAUCAGUCAUACUGGGUGGCUGACUUUUUUUUUUUUUUUAAUAUGACGAAUUUAAAUGUUUUUCACUGGAUGCAAUCGGUCUGCUGCGGAUAUAGACAACGAAUGAGAACUCUACGAGUAAAAGAAAAACAGAAAGUCAACGGCGAACAGAGAAAUGUUCAACAUUUCUUAUGAACUUUUUGAUGAAAAGCUGCUUUUGUGUGGGAAAUAUAAUACACCAAGAUGCUUUGUGAGGGCAAUGUUAAAGCCCUCAAAGGUCCAAAGGAAGUGCUGGAACAUGGAACUCCAUUUAUGAUGUCACUUCCCGCUUUAUUGUGGCCCUAACCAGGAUGGUGGAAUCUGGGCUAAGAACUACUUUCACAAAAGAAGGCUGUAACAACUAACUAAAUAUAGGACAGAAAGCAAAUAUUUAAAGGGAUAUUAAUUAUGGGUAUAUAUGGAUACAUUUUGUCAUUUCUUGAUUCUGUAGUCAGAGAAGGGCCUUUUACCUUUUAGUGGCAAACUAAGCCCUUCUGUAACCAUUAGCUUUGAAAUUAUUAUUUUCCAAAGAAAGCCUGACACACACUAUUGAAGUAUUUUAAAAAAGCAACAUCUGUAUUUACAUAUUUAAUAUCCCUUUUGUAGUAGACAAUUUACACAGAUCAUUUAUAAUUUAGAUAAUGUUCAGUAUUCUUUGUGUACAUAUUUAAUUUCAUCUUAUUUAUAUGCAGUGUUAACUACAUUUUUUUUAAAUAAUUUUUUUAGGUAGGGUCACCCACUCCUCUAGUUAUAUAUGAGCUUAAACAUUCCUGAAUACGAUUUCAGUUUCUUUUUAACACUAAUAGUGAUGUUUUUAUUCCCAAAGCCAAUGCAUAAUGUUACCCCAAAAGCAUUAUUAUCUGCCUGGAGGAAAUAAUUCAGACCCUUAAUGGCUGUGUUACAAAGUCACAUUGAAUACUGGUGCACUACCUGAUCAAACUGUAUAUGAUGUACAUUGAAAUAGCAUAAGCUACCUACUACAACUGCUAACACUGUAUAGUGAAAUUGCAUACACAAUAUGCGUGUCUACUAUUUCAUUGUAUAGGGCAUGCAAGUUGGCAUUUAUCAGUAGUCUAUGCAUUUUUACUUGCUCUGAAUUGUUCCUCAAAUGGUAACUCAUAAUAAACACUACAUUCUUUUGGUAGUAAACCGAAACAACUAUUCUGUACAUCCAUAUUUUUAGUAUAUUUUGUCACAUUAAUAUAUUUAUUGGUGCUCUACAUGGUAAAUGUUUGAAAUAUUAACACAUUUUUAGUAAAUGUUAUUCUGUACCUAGUAAACUUAUUUAUUUUUAAAGUAUCAUUUUUGUAUUAAAAAAAUAAGUGAA